AACCCUGCGCAUGGUUUUGCCGCCAAAAGUAAUCGCGAGUUUAUUUAUUUACAAAAGCCGAACGCCAAACAGGACACACACACCGAAUGGACGUGGAAAUAAAGCAGCAGUUCGACGAGAUGGGCGUGGAGCCCGCGGACGCGGUGCUGGACAAGUGCCUGGAGCUGGCCAUCUCUUACAACGUGCUCGACGCCACCGAGUUCGUGGAGCAGUGGAUGGCUUUUAGCUUGUCCCACCUCCACGGUGAUGAUCCCACAGUCGAGAACCUGGGGGAGUUCGAGCGCAAGGUGCUGCAGCUGAGGAAGGACAAGGUUGUGCCAAAGGCCAAAUCCUAUUCGGCAACCACAAGCUCUGGGCCGGAAAUCAGCUCACUGGCCACCUACGGCGUGAUGGAACACGAACCGAUGAUGGACGACUAUGUGAGCGAGUCUGUGGCAGACUCCUCAGCGAUGCACACGCCCAAGGCUAAGAAGGAUCAGCCGCGUUCCGCCGCUCUCAAAGGCGGAGUGCUCUUCAGUCCCGUCAGCUACACGCCUCAGUCGGCUAAGAGAACGCAAGUGGCAGCAGGCACACCAAGUGCCACAGUGGCCGGCAAACCAGGUGACAUUGUAGACUCCUUCGGCCAUCCCAAGCUUCUGGCCGGCUCCAGCUGGCAAACCGAAGUGGAGCACCAGCUACCGGUGAAUCAGAAACUGCUCCACAAGGACGCCCCGCUGACCGUUGCCAAUUUGGGCUACAUGAACGACCUGCUGGGCGAUCGCUGUGACGACUUGCACGAUCGCCUCGUGGAAACCGGACGGGCUUUGGUGGAGAAGAAGCUGGGUGCAGAUGGAGCCGCCGAGUGCAGUUGGUAUCCGCAGGACAGACAGACUCUGCAGGCCCUUCACUUGCUCCAUGCCGUGGGCAUGAUACAUUCCGAGGACGACGGCCCGCUGGAUGCCCACUCCGCCUUUCUUUCCGUGACAGACGCCGAGGAGAACAGUUUUCUGUCGCUGAACUUCUCGAGGAUUAAGUCCGCCAGCAUCUUUCCGGGACAGGUGGUGCUGGCUAAGGGAUUCAUACCUAAAGGUAACUCCUUCGUGGUGGAGGAGAUCCACACGGAGCGGAAGCUGACGCCCCCCGCUCCCCUGAAGGUCGAUAGGGAGCUACAGUUUGUGGUGGCGGCCGGUCCUUUUACCCACAGCACUGAUCUGAUCUACGAGCCACUGCACGACCUGCUAAAGUACCUCAAGGAGCACCGCCCCGAUGUGCUGGUGCUAACGGGGCCCUUCCUGGAUGCAGAUCACAGUAUAGUUAGCGAGCUUGCCGAGACCUUUGAUUCCUUCUUCGAGAAGAUGGUCGCCGGAAUAAUGGAAGUUGUUGGCAGUUACACAACAGUGCUGAUGGUCAGCAGCCAGAAGGACGCCAUGGUGCACUCGGUUUACCCCACCCCGCCGCCCACUCUCCGCAAAACGUAUCCCAACCUGCACAUGCUACCUGAUCCCUCGCUGGUGGAUCUGGACGGAAUUACGCUGGGCGUCUCCUCCACGGACGUCGUUGACCAUCUGCUCAGUCACGAGUUUGCCGCGAAUGCUGGUGAACGGAUGCAUCGGGCUAUCAACCAUUUGUUCCACCAGGGCUCCUUCUAUCCCAUAUAUCCGCCGGCCGACGAGGACAUGGCCUUCGACUCGCAGCUGGCGCUUAAGUACGCCCAGAUAAAGCAGCUGCCAAAUGUACUGAUCCUGCCCGGCGAUCAGCGGCAUUUCAUCCGGCUAGUCAGCGACUGUCUGGUUAUUAAUCCCGGACGCGUGGCUGACAGCAAAGGAGGCACCUUCGCCCGCUUUCUGGUGGCACCAUCAGCGCCGGGAAAGUCGGCCAAUAUGUUUAACAGCGUCGCGUGUCAAGUGCAACGAAUCUGAAAUUUCUGAACCAAAAUAAAAGUCAACAGCCAAGUAUUCACUGUACUUUUAACCUGAUAAUUAAAGGGGAUAGAUCUGGAUGAUAGCUGGAAAAGCGUUAAGGGCUUGUAUCAAUGCAUAGUUAGUAGCUAUGUAAAUUAUUCUUAGUAAAUCUUUAAUAAAUAAAAUAUAUUCCUUUGUCAAAAA